GUGGUGUUGUUUGGAUAUUUUAUGGAUUUCGUAGGUGUUAAUUUUCGUUCGUGUUGUUUUUCUUUAAUUUGUACCGUUUUGCAAAAGUGGAGGUGUAAAUUUUAUUGCAGCCAGUCGUGAGCUGAGCGUUAUUUCGACGGAAAGUUUUGUGUUUUUUAAGACCCUGGCAGAGAGCAGCCAAAAGUGGUUCGCAGUGUCAACAGUACGCGAUCGACGGCAUUGGGAGCAGUAUUGGCGGAAGCAAUAAUAACAGCAGCCUAAAGCAUCGCAACCAUACAGGAGGGGCUUUGUUUCACGAGAUCAGCAACACGAUCAUCCAGCGCAAAACGCCCCCUCGCGUCCUUGACUGCAGGACCGUGAAAUUAAGAGCAAAAUCAUCGAUCCGUCGAAAACCUGUACAUCUAAAUCCGGCCUACGGAUUCCGUGUAUGCGUUCAACUGCAUCCAGCUAGUGUGUAAGUUCGAUCCCGUGUACGCUACUGGCUGAACGACAUCGUCGAUGAAAUGCGAAAGAAAAGCCCGGCUUCGGUACAGAAAUGGGUCGAUUCAAUACAGAUACCAACGAGCGCAAAUGCGGGUGCAACGGCUGGUGCCGAUACCGUUACCCCCUCACAGGACGAUGAUCCGACGGCGUACGAAUCAGACUUUUCCCGGUCGGCUCAGCUAGCGGCGGCAGCAUCACACACAGAUGAUCCAGACCAUGAGCACGCAUGGGAAGAAAGCGCGGAGCCAUCCGAACCUGAAGUGGAACCGGAAGAUGAUCAAAUUGCCUUCUCUUACGAUACUCAUGAAAAUGCCGACCAUCCAGAACGCGUGAUUAUCGAACAAAACCUCAAAAAGAACAUUGGUAUUGGUACCACCCACGGUAUUCCCAGCGAGCCACAAAGCACAUCUCUUGCCACCAGCACACCGAAAGCAAUGAAAUCUGAUGAAUCUGCAAAGCAAUCACCAGUAACGGAGGGGAAUCCCGGUUUGUCAAUUCGUAACUUUCUGUCUAAAAAGUCGUUACUGGGAAAGUUUAGUCGAUCUGGUUCGAAUCUCGACCACAGUCCAACGAUUUCGGGUGAGAGUGAAAAUCCGGACGCAAUGGAAACUGCACGAAAAAAUACGGAAGAGGGAAUAGCAUCCACUUCUUCGCGGUUUGUGGUCGGUAAAAGCAAAAUAAAUGAGUUUUACGAUAAGCUAAACAUGAACAAAGCAAAGUAUGGAUUGAUCAAAGCGAAAAAGCUCGAUAUUCGCAAUAUGCUCAGUGGUGGAACUAGCAACCGUGAAAGUGCUGACGAUCGGAAAGCGCAUGAACCACAGUCCUUACACUUACAUCCAUCCGCGGAUGAAUUCUUUACCGAUGGCGCCGUGCAAGGAUUCGAUGGUGAACUGGAUCCCGUCGCAAGUGAAUCGGAACAUGAGCGAUCCGUAUCACCACAACACCACGAACCGUUGGAAGUUAGCGUCGUUGAUGUGGAUCCUUCCGAUGCGUACGAGUUUUCCUUUGAUGAAUCGUUCCCCAAAUCUGACGAGCUAAUUCCGGGUAUGAUAAGUGAGGAAGAUGAAGAGGAAAAGGAAAACAUACUCGAUAGUGCGUCCGUUAUGCCGAGUCAUGGGCACGGGUACGAUGCGUACCUUAACCCACCGAAACCCAAGUCGCAUCGCAUGGGUAUCGGACGCAUCGGUCGCAGUUCGAGUGAGAAUCCACGUGCCACCGCUCGGCGCUACAAUCUAAUGGAAAUCGGACGAAGUUUCAGCGAGAUGAACGAUGAUGAUGAUUCGUUCGCAAUCAGUGAGUGCAACAACAGCUGUCCGAACCCGUCGUCGCUAAACACCAGUUCGAGCAUCAACAAUGGCAGCAGCAAUAAUCUCACACGUUCCGUUCCUGUUAGUCCCAUACCGCGAACGUCAAGCAAGCUCAGCAUUCAGCAAGAUCAACAACAGCACCAGUUACACCAGCAGCAGCAGCAACAACAACAGCAAUCAUCGUCUCCACGGCGUCGCAGCACGAUGCUAGUAAAGGAUAGUUCACUCCAAUCCGAUUCCAGUCGAUGCUCGAGCGUUGAGAGUCUGCUGAACGCGCGCAAACCGGACCCGGAGAAGAUACUGCUCAAUCUAGGCUUUGGACCGGCACCGCACAGUACGGAUGUGUUGGCAAAAAUACCGAAACGGUUUUUAAAACCAUCCCAAGUGCGAGGAGUCGAUACGGAAGCUUUCUUGCGACAGCAGCAACUUUCGAUGCACAUCCAUGAGAAUAGUGUUCUCGGCUAUCGGGGACUAGUAGGUAAUCCGCACAUUCCACCUUCGAUGAUAGUGGCCAAAAUUAUGGAACGGUUUCAGGAGAAUGACACAAAGACGCGCCUCACGGCCACCGGCGUUCCUCUGCUUCAGUCAUCCGACAGUCGCAACUCGUCCGGUCCACCGUCACCCGUUCCGAUGACACGGCAUGCCUCUCUAGCGACAGCUGAUGGUCGUUUAAAAUACUAGCUCUAUCCCUCCUCCGGGCAGGGGCGGACACGCGGUGACCGUUGCGUCCCAAAGUGAUACUUGUACCGUACCGCACUCAGCAUAUCGCUUCUCAAACAAUCAAACAACAUGUUUCCUUCACGCACACACUAUACUCUGGUUGAUGAGCUUUAGAGAAACCCUUUGCGUCGAUGAGAUUUAAAUAUAUAUUCUUAACUUUUAAACACAUACACGGCUAGGGGAAGAGGAUUCUUGGUGUUGAGGUAGAAACGCACUCCAUUUUACUACUCAAUCCGAUAAUCGUUUUAUAAAUAGCGAACGUUUUAAUCUGCCUCACCCUUUGGAACACUACUCAAAAUCGCCGUACUAUUGUACCUUUUUUAACCCAACUUUCUCCAUGUGAGCUUUUAUGAGAUUGUAGACUUUGUAUCUUCUAUAUUCCCUUUUCUACUUUCAACUUCAGCAUUAUUUAUAUGAAAUCCAUUGCGAUACACUUACAAGUAGCAGGGGGGAUCAGUUUUAGCUACAAGCGAAUGUUGAAAACCAUCUGAGUAUCAAAGUGAAAAAAUGAGUAAAUUAAAAACUGUGAAACAGCUAGGCAUUCCUAUUAAGGAAAGAAACACUAACGUUUUGGUCUCCCGUAACAACAGGCAACCAUUGCUCCUUAGGCCUUGUGAUGAUGUGUUGUGUAGGAUUAGAUACGUAGGUCAUAGCUAGAUGUAUGGACGGUGUAAGAUAUUAGAUAUUCUACUGAAUGGUAGUAACGGCACGGUGCUCUACAGCAUCGUGCACAAUACUUGAAUGGCAGCAGGUUUAUGAUAAGGAAAACAAGCGGACUAGAACAAUGAAAGUAAAGAGUGAAUGAUAAAACGUGUACGAGCUUACGGGACCGAGAACCAAGAACAGUUUUCUACUGAAGUCCAAUACCACAUGGGGAACACAACACUUGAAAAAAAAGAUAGUAUACACAAUGACUUUCUCAUUCUUUGAAUGCAUAUCUAUUAUCAGUGAUGUUCUUCUGUACGAGUCAGGUUUCGGGAGGCUGAGUAUAUACACAUUCGACAGUAAUCGUUACAAUUCGUAAUUCAAUUGCAAUAUUUAAUGACACGCGGUACUGGGGACAUCCAAUAAUACACCCUUUUUAUCAUGUUACACUCACCAGGAUAAAGAGAGCAAUUGUUUUCAGAAUUAGAUUGGCUUUAUUUUGGUAUUCCUAGAACGCCGAAUUAUUACUACACUGGAACAAAACAGCACUUGUUAGAUAAAUAAACGUUGUAACGUAAAUA